AUGUCUUCCGCUAUCAAAGCAACCCGCGCGCCCCCAGGCAUGUCUUCAUGGACAGAGAAUGAGUUGAGUUACAUCGAUGGCGACAGAUACAGUAAGAUGAUUUCCCACCGCGUCGCCUUGUUCUCGUUUGUCUCUCCCGUUACUGAUCGUUACAACCUAGACCUGGAUAGAAUCAGGCACUACACCGGCGGAGUUGAGAUCUAUCGACGCGGGUACGACGGACUCAAAGUCGCGAUACCUUCUAGACUUGCCGCAGAGUUGGGAUCGCUCAUGUUUCGCGCAAACAACAACUGCAUUGGUGGCAACACACCUCGAGAACGCAGCCGCUGGGCUCUGAAGGAGACUAUGUCCAAAUACCGCGGCGAUCGCGUCCUACUGGACAUUACGAGCGGCGAUGAGGACACCCUUCGCCAUAUCACGGCAGCAAAUGACAUCGAAAUGGGCGAUCUACUAUGCCAAAACCCUGCUGUCCUGCCUAAGGCCUACAAGAACUGGGCUCCAAACAAUACCGAGAUGAACAUCUCGCCCAACGGCUUCAGAGUCGUAUUCCGGGACAGCUCGAAGCGUGAUUUGAUGAAGGUCAUUUAUGGCGAUUACAAAGAGGCCAAUCCCGAUGCCAGCAAGAGCAGCAGCGGUCUCAGAGCUCCUGCAGGUGGCCAGAUCCACAAGCCAGGUCCCCUUACCCCCCAAAAGAGAAAGGCAGCCGAUCCGCAACAUAAGGAUCGCACAAAGGCAGCACUCUCGCAAAUCUCUCGCGACAAAGGAUUCAAACAACAAAAGACCAGAAAAUGA